GAGAGUAGUCAGAGUCAGAGUAGGAGUAGGGUUGAGGGAACGAAGGAGGAAUCGACGGUCGACGGACAUCACUGACGACUGGCGUUCGUGUGAUCCUCUCGCUGGCUCCUAUCAGUACCAGUCCCUACUCUACUUUGAAGCAAUUGAGAUUUUCGUAGUCCGGCUAACGGGCUUUCCCGCUUGAAAAAAAAUGGCACUAUUAUCUUUACGUCUGGCCUCGUCUUUAGUUAGACAGCUGCCGAAUACCACGACUCAGAUUAUUUGGCCCACAACUGCUGUAGCUUCUUGCAAAUAUCAUGUCUCGUGCAGCCGUCGUUCGGCAGAAAUUUCUUCCAUUCUGGAAGAACGUAUUCUUGGAUCGGCACCAAAGACUAAUCUCGAAGAGACCGGUAGGGUGCUCAGCAUUGGAGAUGGUAUCGCGCGUGUAUAUGGACUAAAGAAUAUUCAAGCUGACGAGAUGGUGGAAUUCAGCUCAGGUUUGAAAGGUAUGGCGUUAAACUUGGAACCUGACAAUGUAGGCGUUGUCGUAUUCGGUAAUGACAGGCACAUUAAGGAAGGAGAUAUCGUGAAACGUACUGGUGCCAUUGUUGAUGUCCCUGUCGGCGAAGAAUUGUUGGGUCGUGUUGUCGAUGCCUUGGGCAAUCCUAUAGAUGGUAAGGGACCUCUGAACAGCAAAUUGAGAUUCCGUAUUGGAACAAAAGCUCCAGGCAUUAUUCCCAGAGUAUCAGUCAGAGAACCUAUGCAAACUGGAAUUAAAGCUGUGGAUUCCUUAGUACCUAUUGGUCGUGGUCAACGUGAAUUGAUCAUUGGAGACAGACAAACUGAAACUGCUCUUGCCAUUGAUACAAUUAUUACAAAACGUUUUAAUGACGCUGGAGAGGAAAAGAAGAAAUUAUAUUGCAUUUAUGUUGCUAUUGGUCAGAAGAGAUCCACUGUUGCGCAAAUCGUAAAACGUUUGACAGAUAGUGGUGCUAUUAAUUACACUAUCAUUGUGUCCGCCACUGCCUCUGAUGCAGCACCACUUCAAUACUUGGCCCCAUACUCUGGAUGUGCUAUGGGAGAAUUCUUCAGAGACAAUGGAAAGCAUGCUUUAAUCAUUUAUGAUGAUUUAUCCAAGCAAGCUGUUGCCUAUCGACAAAUGUCCUUGCUGCUUAGAAGACCACCAGGUCGUGAAGCCUAUCCUGGCGAUGUAUUCUAUCUUCAUUCUCGUUUGCUCGAGAGAGCGGCCAAAAUGAAUGAAAAUUUAGGUGGUGGAUCAUUGACAGCUUUGCCCGUCAUUGAAACCCAAGCCGGUGAUGUGUCCGCUUAUAUUCCUACGAAUGUCAUUUCUAUAACCGAUGGUCAGAUAUUCUUGGAAACGGAAUUGUUUUACAAAGGUAUCCGACCCGCUAUCAACGGUUUAUCUGUAUCGCGUGUCGGAUCCGCUGCUCAAACUAAAGCCAUGAAGCAGGUCGCUGGCUCGAUGAAAUUGGAAUUGGCUCAAUAUCGCGAAGUAGCGGCUUUCGCUCAAUUCGGUUCAGACUUGGAUGCUGCAACUCAACAAUUGCUAAAUCGUGGUGUAAGAUUAACAGAGCUUCUCAAACAAGGACAAUAUGUACCUAUGGCUAUUGAGGAGCAGGUAGCUGUCAUAUACUGUGGUGUACGUGGUUAUCUUGAUAAGAUGGAUCCUACAAAGAUUACUGCCUUUGAAAAAGAAUUUCUUGCACACAUCAGAUCUACUCAACAAGAUCUUCUUGCUACUAUUGCAAAAGAAAACAUAAUUAGUGAAGCAUCAGAUGCAAAACUGAAGAAAGUAGUUACUGAUUUCCUAUCAUCCUUCUCAGCAUAAAGUGCAAUUCUAUGAUAAUGUCAUCCAAUGUCAUUGUAAUAUGCGUAUCAAAAUAGAAAAAGAAAAUGUAAAAAGAUUUCUUGAAGAUUUUUUGCUGCUGACCGAGUGUUAAUGUACUGAUAUUACACAUUGUCAUAUAAAUGUUACACAUAUUACAAUAUAAUUAUGUAUAAUAUCUACAUUAGA